AUGUCGUCUCCUCGUGGCGUCCCCCUUGCUAACGGGACAGGUUUUGACAUUAUGGCAGGGAGGCAUCAGAAUCGCAGUUUUCCUCUUCCAGGAAUUCUUUCCAGUGGUCAAGUACACGCAUUUGUAAAUUGUACAGAGAAUGAUGUGUUGGAGGAGGAUGCUGAAGUAUAUGAGCUUCGAUCCAGAGGAAAAGAGAAAAUCCGAAGAAGUACAUCAAGAGAUAGACUAGAUGACAUUAUAGUAUUAACAAAAGAUAUACAGGAAGGAGAUACUUUAAAUGCAAUUGCCCUUCAAUACUGUUGUACGGUAGCAGAUAUCAAGAGGGUCAACAAUCUCAUCAGCGAUCAAGACUUUUUUGCCCUUAGGUCUGUCAAAAUUCCAGUAAAAAAGUUUAGUUCAUUGACUGAAACACUUUAUCCUCCAAAAGGAAGACAAGCUUCACGUCCUUCAUCUGUUCAAUACGUUCCAGAGCAACAGGAAAUUUUGUCACUUAGUGAUUCUUUUUCUUCCACGGAGUCAGCUGGUAGCUUUUUAAAAGAAGUAGACCGAGACAUAGAACAAUUAGUAAAAUGUACAGACACCAAAAGAGAGAACCUUAACGAGGUGGUGUCUGCCUUAACAGCACAACAGAUACGUUUUGAACCUGAUAACAAAAACAUUCAACGUAAGGAUCCUUAUUAUGGAGCAGACUGGGGAAUAGGCUGGUGGGCAGCUGUAGUGAUAAUGCUGAUAGUGGGUAUAAUAACGCCAGUAUUUUACUUGCUCUAUUAUGAAAUUUUAGCUAAAGUGGAUGUUAGUCACCAUUCAACAGUGGAUUCUACACAUUUGCAUUCAGGAGUCACACCUCCAUCACAGCAGAGAGAAAUGGAAAAUGGAAUUGCUCCAACUAAAGGAAUACCAUUUGGCCAACAAGAUGAUCAUAAACUGCAUAGUCACAAUUCUCAGCCUCCUGUUGCUCAACACAAAACAUAG